AUGGCUAUCGUCGAGAGUGGUAACUACUUUAUCGAGAACGUCAAACAGAAGAACAUCGCUGCUGUCGUCGACAACAGCAUUGGGUCACCCCUCAUGGCGAGCGUCCAUAUGAACAACACAGGAGAAGUCUGGAACGUCUUGCGCCUCAGCAACGAGCAGUACAUCAUCAAGAAUAUUGAAUGCAAUUUCUAUGCAUUCUCUGGAAGUCGCUCUUCAAAAGGAAACACCGUGGACGGAAAGGUGCGGACUCAGUACUGGAGAAUCCAAGAGACCCGUGAGAAGGGAAAGUUUACGUUCGUCGCCCGUUACUCGAUUAAUCCCUCGUCCUUCUCAUAUAUACAAUCAAGAAUCUCGACUACUGAUACCGAUGUAUUCUGGAGUUUGUGCGAUGCGGAAGCGAAUACUCCCAUCGAACUCGCCGAGAUCUCAACUGACAAGCGCAGCUGGUGGAUUUUUCGCGAAGCUCCAUCAACUCAGACCUUCGACAUUAAGCAGACACCGCAGAACGAGAGCAACGAGAAAAUCCAAGAAGUCUCUGAUGGCAUUAGCGAACGUGCAAGCACUGAGGUCAUACCCCGAUGCGAUAAUAUUCAAAAGACUGUUGAAGGAAUGAAGGCCAAGGGCAAGAGCGAGGACGAGAUCAUUGCCACAGUGUCCCCUCUCCUCAAAGACGUCAAUCUUCACCUUGGUCAAAUGGACAGCGACGUCAAAUGGGUCCAAGCUUCCUCCAAAAAUCGAUCUCCCAACGAGAAUUCGCAGCAGCCAACGGCUUCGGAGCAGAAUUUAGCAAGUUCUCUCCAGAACAUGAUGACGGGGGUCACGGUCAUGUUUGACUCUUUUGACACUCUUCCGCGGGCCAAAGCAGCGUUAUCCAAGUGGCGCUUCGCUUUCAGCGUCAGCUCCGCAACGGCGGACCUGUGGCCUCCAUUGUCCGACGCUAUCAUGGGCGCUGCCGCUAUCUUCGAGGGGUGGACAUUGAUCGAGGGCGGUCUAGAGGCGACGUCUCCUGGUACGGUAUCCCCGAUUGUCCCUCCACUGCGACCGCCACAGAUCAGUGAUCUGCAUGAGGAGGGCGUGGUCGAGGCCCUCCGCGGAGACGUCGGCUGCGGUGCAGAGAUUCUCGGCACAGCGGACGAGGCGAGUCGAUUGUGGCGUCGAUCGCUCGAUAUCGCCGGUUUGCCAGAGAGGAGCGGGCAUGCAUACAGUACUGUCGGUUCGGAAGAGGGCUGUCGCGGAUUUGGACUGGAUACGCAGACAGAAUGCGUGCAGUACCACUCAGCGGCUUGCCUUCCUGAUGAUCCCGACACGCUUACAAAGGGACGGUCUGCCUACAACAGCAGUUUGAACCAGAAUCCUGCAAUAUGUGAUGGCCGAAUUGAUAGGGAACGCGGCGUAGUCCAAGCGAUGCCACGAGAUGGGAAACAAACGACCGGAGGCAGGUUGAGGCUUCGGGCCUGCUCGACUCAUUGCCGACUCACGAACUGCGAGGAGCCCAAGCGUGGAAACGGAGUCGUUCCGCACGACCUGCGGUGCAACGCGCCCUCUCGCGCGCGUCUGGUCCCACACGUGACCCGUAUUGAUUUCCUAAUCGGGAACACGACCAUGGGCGGCGGCAGGGAGAGUGGCACGGGCACGAGCACAAAGGCCAGAGCGCGCCACACGCUUGUCUCCCCACCACCACCACCACCAGCAACAGAUCACACGGCGCUGCUGUACGCAUCGAACACCUACAUCCACACCUACAUCUACAUCCUCGCUCGACUACACGGCGCGAUGCUCAGAUCAGUCCUCGGCAGCGAGCGCGAGCGCGACGGUGCGGGCGAUAGCGCGAGGGAAGCGCGCGGGACGAAACGCGCACGCGCGCGCGAGGACGAGGGCGGGGAAGAGAAAGAGAACGACGCGGCGGGGUUGGAGCGCGUGGGGGGCGCGCGGGGCACAGACGCGCGGCGCGGGAAGCGCGCGAGAAGGGAGGACGACGACGCGGUGCUUGAGAGUCUGCAGAGGCCGGCGGCGGCGGCGAUGAUGUCUGAUUAUACGGACGACGUGCCGGUGGCUACGCCCGCGCCGCCCUCGGCGCCAACGUCCGAUGUCGACGGCGGCGCGCUGCCGCUGGACGGCGUGACGGCGUGGCACGCGCGGUGGUGCCUGCGCGGGGCGACGGUGGCGGUGCGCGCGGGGGGCGUCGGGAUGCGGGUGCACCAGGCCGUGCUGGCGCGGUAUUCGGAGGUGUGGAGGGACCUCUGGGCGCUGCCUGCGUUUGCGGGCGAGGGCGAGGGUGAGGAGGAGGGGAUGGGCGCGGGGGCGCCGGCGCCGGCGCGGGAGACGGCGGGCGGGCUGCCGGUGGUGGACGUGACGGAGUCUGCGGAGGCGUGGGACGUUAUACUGACGGCGCUGUAUCACCCGGAGGCGCUAGGCACGGAGGCGCGGGUGCCGUGGCGCACGGUGACGGUGCUGCUCGAGGCGAGCCGGAAGUACGUGUGCCUCCCGCUGCGCGCGGCGGCGAUCCACCACCUCUCGCGGGUGUACCCGACGUCGCUCGAGGGAUGGCACCGGCGCGUGGCGGACGCGGACGCGGCCGCGCCCGCGGGGCUGCACGCGUGCGCGCUGCGGCUCGCGCGGGAGUACGAGAUUGCGGAGAUCAUGCCGGCGGUGUAUUAUAUGCUCUCUAUGGAGGACGAGGGGCGCCUGUGGGACGGGUGGGACGUCGGGGGCGCGGGCGGGGGCGGGGGCGGGGGCGUAGGAGGGAAGGUGGUGCUGCCGCGGGCGGAGGUGCGGACGGUGUUGCGCGGGCUGGGGAUGAUCCGGCGCGGGCGGCAGGACGCGAUAUUUGAUUUCGUGAGGGGGAUGGGGGUGGGGCCGGACGGGACGGCGCGGCGGCGGGCGAGCGGGCGGUGUGCGGGGCUGGCGCUGCGCGGGUACCGGUGCGGGCACUUCUUGGCGCGGCUGGCGCACGACUGGGAGGCGGAGGCGGCGGCGGAGGGCGGGGCGGGGGUGUACAGGCGCGGGGACGGUGGGCGGCACGAUGCGCUGAAGGUGCUGGGGCGCGGUGCGCGGCGGGUUGCGGGGCAGUAUUUGUGUGGGGGGUGUCGGGGGGCGUUUAAGCGGGAGAUGAUGCAGGGGCAGAGGAGGGUGUGGUUCCGGCUGCCGGUGGUGUUUGGGCUCGGGACGUGGUUUGAUAUCGAGGAGAGGGUGAGGCGGCAGAGGGACGACAUGUUUGAUUGGUUUGUGAAGCAGGAGCGGGAGCGGGAGCGAGAGGAGGAGGGCGACGGCGACGGCGACGGCGAGGGCGCGGGGGACGAGUGA